GGUUGCAACUGAUACUGAAAAGGUGAAGAAUAUUUUAUUGUGCAGAAACUGCAAAAACAACAAGUUUAAGUGAUAAGUGAUAAAUAAUUGCGCAAAGAGAGAUGAGAUUUAUUAAAUAGUAAGCGCAGAAGUAAAUAAAGUUUUUUACAAAGUGGCUGCCAAAAUGUGUAAACAACGCUUAAGUUUAUAAAUAAGAGUUGCGCUUAAAGUAAUUUGGAACAGCUGUUGAGCUUAAACACACAAGUGAGAAUACAAAAUUGAAAUUAUUCUAAGCAAACGGGAGCAUAAGAUGGAGGACGAACUGCGUUGUCCCACCUGCAAGCAGCUCUAUGCGAAUCCCGUGCUCUUGCCCUGCUUCCAUGCCCUGUGCCUGGGCUGCGCUUUGGAUAUACAAACGCCAUACACACCUGGCGCACCUUUGGGUGCUGCUAGCGCAAUCGGCGCUGCCGGCGCUGGCGCACAUUCCUCAGCUGGCGCACAUGCGCCUGUUAAUGGCGCAACCGCUGGUCAAGUGCCGGGCUCGGGACCAGGGCCGGGCACACGUCACAGCUCGCAUAGCUCGGCGGCCAGCACCGCCAGCUCGGCCACAGGCAGCGACAGCGCCACUUCAGAUCAGGACGAUAAGCUAAGCAUCUUCAGCGAGGCCGACUCUGGCGUCGUUUGCUGCUCCAACACAUCCAGACCGGUGUCCUAUGCCGGCACUGGCCAGCUGCAGGGCUUGCUUCAAGGCUCCGUGGUGGCGCCACCUGGCGCCGCCUAUUGCCUCACUUGCCCGCUCUGCCGCAAGCUCAUCUUCUUUGACGACGGCGGCGUGCGCAAUUUGCCCACCUAUCGCACCAUGGAGGCCAUUGUGGAUCGCUUCUGUGCCCGCGAAGCGCUGCGCUGCCAAAUGUGCGAAACAGAUCCCAAGGUGGCCUCGCUCAUCUGCGAGCAAUGCGAAAUACGCUACUGCGAUGCUUGCCGCGAGCUCUGCCACCCGGCACGUGGUCCGCUGGCCAAGCACACGCUGGUCAAGCCGCGUGGCGCCGCCCAGCAGCGCGAAUCGGUCUGCGGCGAGCACGAGGAGACGCUCUCCCAAUACUGUCUCAACUGCAAGAUGCCCGCCUGUGGCCAGUGCAUCAAUGAGCAGCGUCAUCAGACCCACGAGGUCCAGUCCAUCAACGUCACUUGCAAGGCACAAAAGACCGAACUCUCACACAACUUGCAACAAUUGUCGGAGAAGGCACGUUCCACAACCGAAUUCAUUCAGCGCCUCAAAGGCAUGAGCGACAAAGUAACGGAAUCCUGCAUUGAAUUCGAGCGCCUGGUGCAUGCUCAAUGCGAGGCUCUCAUUCAGGCCAUACACGACCGUCGCGAGUAUUUGCUCGAAGCCAUACGCAUGGACAAGGACACCAAAAUCAGAAUACUCAAGGAUCAACAAUCGAAUUGCACCGGCAAAUUGCAACAGACCACGGGCCUCAUUCAAUUCUGCAUUGAGGCAUUGAAAGAGACUGACAGCGCCGCCUUUCUACAGGUGGGCUCUAUGCUGAUCAAUCGCGUGGCAAAUACAGACAUGACCUGGCACCAGGAGGUCACCACUGCAGCGCCAAGGGUCUCACCCAUUGUCGACUUGACUCUGGACGAUGCUGCACUGAUACGUGCAAUUGAUAAUUUGAAUUUUAUACAAAUGAAAGUCAAAGAUGAGGAUGAAAGAUGUCCGGCAGCUCCCAUGACGCCCACCAUAAUUCCCAGUGACUGCUCGGCGGAAAAUAAUUCAGUGACCGUUGCGUGGCAGCCACCAAAUCAUUCCUUUGUCGAGGGCUAUGUGCUGGAGCUGGACGACGGCAGCGGCGGUGAAUUUCGAGAAGUCUACUGUGGCAAGGAAACAAUUUGCACCGUUGACGGUCUGCACUUCAAUUCCAUGUACAAUGCCCGCGUCAAGGCCUUCAACAGUGCCGGCGAGGGUGAAUACUCUGAGCUGAUUGGACUGCAAACGGCUGAAGUUGCCUGGUUUACGUUUGAUCCCGUGCUAAGCGGCGGCGCCGGCUCUGGUCUAAUCUUUAGCAAAAAUAAUGCUACAGUCUCCGUUGAGGGCUGGGAGCAUCGUGUGGCGCUCGGCUCCGUUGGCUUCUCGCGCGGCGUGCACUACUGGGAGUUCACCAUUGAUAACUAUACGGCGGACACGGAUCCGGCAUUUGGUGUGGCCCGCAUCGAUGUGGCCAGAAAUAAAAUGUUGGGCAAAGAUGAAAAGUCGUUUGCCAUGUACAUCGAUCGCACUCGCUCGUGGUUCCAGCACAAUUCGGUGCACGAGCGUCGCGUUGAGGGCGGCAUCAGCACUGGCAGCACCAUUGGCGUGCUCCUGGAUCUGGAGCGGCAUACGCUCAGUUUCUUGGUAAACGAAAUGCCGCAGGGCUCAGUUGCUUUUCGCGAUCUCUACGGCGUGUUCUAUCCGGCGGUGAGCAUUAAUCGAGGCGUUACUCUAACCAUGCACACAAUGCUGGAUGCGCCCAAGAUGGAUUAUUUUUAAGUUAAGGCCUAGAAACGAUGUCGAUGUAGCGAAUUUUGUACAUAAUGCUUGCAGACUUAGUAGUUAUCAAUGUCUAUAUAUACAUAUAGCUUAUAAUCACAUUACUUUAUACUACACACAUACUUAAUUACUAUACUAUAUAUAUAUGCUUCUAACUGUAGUCUCGGGCAAAGUUUAGCGACAUAUCUAUUACACUAUAAACUACACUUAACCAAAAAAUAUUUAAA